AUGGGGAACAACCAAGGUAGUCAUAUCAUUGUCACUGCGAAGACCGGGGACAGGAAAUGUGCAGGUACAAAUGCUUGUGUGUGGUUUGUAGCAAAGGAUGAAGAAGGAAAUUCUUCGGAUGAGGUCAAAUUGAAUCAGCUCUUCGAAUCGAAUUUUGAUCGCGGAAAAAAGGAUGUGUUCGAACUUUCGAAGAGUAAAUUCGCGGCCUUGACCUCUCCCGUUGACCGGAUCGAGAUUUGGCGAGACUACACAGGACUGACAAGUACUUGGUUUCUUGAGACGGUUAUUAUUGAGGACCCGGAUUACAAUGUCGAAUACACGUUUCCUGUGUUCAGAUGGAUUCGACCGAGUUAUAGAUACGUCAUACACCAGUAUGAUACGUCACUUCCGCAAGAUGACGUCAAUACUGAACAACGGGAGGUGGAACUGGAGGAGACCAGAAGAGCCUACAAAUUGUCCACUGCCGACACCACACUGCCCAUUCAGCGUUGCAGCGUGGUGGAGUUGGUGGAGACACGGGCGCAGCAGCUGAAGAAGGACGAGUGGACGUGCCUGCAGGAUAUAGGGGGGGGAUUUAUGCCAGUGAGGAAUUCUACAUCCCCAAGGUGA